AUGGCACAAGACCCUCACCAAGGCGGCCGUCUCGAAGACAUGGCUGCAGCAGGAACCUCUGUUCCUAACGACGCUGGCCUCCACCGCACCAUCCCAUCUGUACCUCGCCCCGACCAAAUCGAUCCUCCUGCAGACACUCACUCGCACCCGAAUCCGGCCCAUGCAGCGGACAAUACAUUCGACAUUCCGCGCGGGACUAGAGAUCAAGGUGUGACCGGAGAGAUCUUGACGGGCACUGGGGACCAGAUGUCCUCAAACGUCGAGAAGAAGUCUUUCGACGACGCGCCGUUUGAUUCAAGAGCGAAGGGCUCCGAUCAGUACUACAAGCAUGCGAGACAGGGUAACGACUUCGAUAAAUUCGCGAAGGCGGGUCAUGGUGUGCAGGCUGCGUCGGGAGAGGAAGAAGACACGCAGGAUGCUUUGUUGGACAGAAGGGGCGCCAAAUAG